AUGCCCUCCAACGAAGCCCUUACCCCUCUUCUGCGCCAGUUCCGCGUCUUGAUUGCCGGUGGCUCGUACGGCGGACUGAGCGCAGCUCUUGCACUGCUUGACCUUUCCAAGGGUCGUCUUGCUCGCUUCAACUUCACAGAGGGCGCGAAGCCCCCUCAGUACCAAAUCCCAAUCCAGAUCACCGUUGUAGACGAAAGAGAUGGAUUUUAUCACCUAAUUGGUUCUCCAAAAGCAUUGGCAUGCGAUAAGUUUGCCGCGAAGACAUGGACACGGUUCUGUGACAUUCCCGCAUUGAGGUCUCCAAAUCUACAGAUCGUCCGCGGUAGCGUGAAUACCGUGGAUUUCCAGAAUAAGGUCGCCCAGAUCCUUGACCUCGAGACUAAGGAAACAAGACAAGAGAAGUAUGACUUCUUCAUUGCGGGCACGGGUCUCCGUCGUGUUUUUCCGACUGUUCCGCAGUCGUUGAAGAGGGAAGAGUUUUUGAAGGAAGUGUUGAGUCAUAAGGAGGCCAUUCGGAAUGCGGAUGAUGGUGUUGUGGUCAUUGGAGGAGGCGCUGUCGGCGUUGAAAUGGCAGCUGAGUUGAAGGAGCUAGAUCCUCAACAGAAGGUUACGCUUGUGCAUUCUCGGGAUCGUCUGCUUUCCGCGGAGCCCUUGCCAGAUGAGUUUGCGGAGCGCGUCGUCUCCGAGCUCAAAGAGCAGGGUGUUGAGGUCAUUCUGGGUCAAAGGGUUAUUGAUACCGCAGCAGUAGAGGAAGAGCAAGGGAGGCGUACAUGGAAUCUGACCUUGGCCAACGGAACAAUACUCAAAGCCGGUCAUGUUAUGAAUGCAGUUUCGAAAAGCUCGCCUACCUCAUCGUAUCUGCCCAAGGAUGCCUUGACUGAAGAUGGCUACGUUAAGAUUCUCCCAAAUCUGCAAUUCGCCAACCCGGUGCCUAACGCAGAGUCCCACUUCGCCGUUGGUGAUAUUGUUCAGUGGGCUGGCAUCAAGCGUUGUGGAGGCGCCAUACAUAUGGGCCACUAUGCAGGAACUAACAUCCAUCAACUUAUGCUAGCAGAAGCUACUAAGACCAAACCUGAGUUCAUGAACCUCAUCAAGUACCCACCCGUGAUAGGGUUGGCCUUGGGACAUACGGCCGUGUCGUAUACCCCUGACGAGGGAACUAAGCAUGGCAAGGAGCUUCUUGGAACUCUGUUUGGCGAGGAUAUGGGCUACAGUAUUUGUUGGAGCUACAUGAAGAUGUCCGAGCCAUGCCAGGCGUGA